AUCUCCUGGCAAACACUUGUGAGAAAAUGUUGAGAAAUCCCUAGUUGAUUUAAUUUCAAAGUCAGCAACAACAUGGGACACAGCAAAGGUAAUGUAAAGAAUUUCUUGUAAACACAAAAGAACAAAAAAAACUGUAAAAAGAAAAGCCAGCCUCCGAAUGACACCUUUAUCCUCCUAAUCCGGGAAAAGCCUAUCUGGAUUUAAAUCUAGCAGUCAACGUGUACUAUUCAGCAGUUUGUAGAGUCGGAGAAGUAAAUGACACAAGCACAUUGCGGCUUUGGUUGUCUUACAUUAUAGUGUCUUGAAAUGGGAAACAGCAAAAGCGGCAUCCUUUCUAAGGAGCUCCUCGAAGACCUCAAACUCAACACCAGGUACAGUGAAGAAGAGCUCAGUGCUUGGUACCAGUCUUUCCAGAAGGAAUGCCCAAGUGGGAGAAUCACCAUUGAGCAGUUUCAGAGCAUUUAUGCAAGUUUCUUCCCAGAUGCAGACCCCAAAGCUUACGCACAGCAUGUCUUCAGAAGCUUUGACACCAACAAUGAUGGCACUUUGGACUUUAAAGAAUACAUCAUUGCUUUGCAUCUAACCUCCUCUGGGAAAACUAUUCAGAAAUUCGAGUGGGCAUUUUCUCUCUAUGAUGUUGAUGGCAAUGGGACCAUCAACAAGACUGAAGUCCUGGAAAUCGUCAAGGCCAUAUUUACAAUGAUAAACGCAGAUGACCAAGAAGAUCUUCCAGAAGAUGAGAAUACACCAGAAAAGAGGACUGAUAAAAUCUGGGAUUACUUUGGCAAGAAGGACAAUGAUAAACUAACAGAAGGAGAAUUUAUCCAGGGAAUCACAGAGAACAAAGAGAUCCUCAGAUUGAUACAGUAUGAACCCCAGAAAGUCAAAGACAGACUAAAGGAGAAGAAACAGUAGCUCUUGCAGAAGACCAACAUUUUUCAAACUAAAGACUGUUGUAAGCAGCACUGUUUACAUCUUAUGCCCACAUCUUUGCACCAAUAAUAGUAUAUUGAAUUACCUUUUAAAAACGUUUUCAAAAAGUAUAUCCUAACUUACCAUUUCAGCAAUGGUGUAAAUAGCUCCUUACGUUGUCUGUAAUUAGACUUUUGUUAAUAAUCCUUGGGUUACAACUAAAUCCUCUUAAAUCCUGAAGGUCGUUUUAGUAGAAUCCCUUCUCUGAGCUGUAGGAUGGUAGCAUUACUAUUGUGCUUGUAAGUGUUUUAGUGAGGUUAUCUUUAUUUGAGGCUUGUUACUCAAUAAAUCAACCUGUUUUUGUUAUGAAAUAAAGUCCUUUGUCAUGAAAAAGUGAAA